CUACACGUCUAUGUAACGAGCUAGUGAAUCUUCUAUAGCUUAUUCCCACAAUGCAAGACCGCAUUCACCUAGUGCGCCAUGCGGAAGGUCUUCACAAUUUGCGCAACGAUCCCACAAUCCCCGACGCUUCUUUGAGUGAACGAGGUUUUGAUUUCGCGGAAGAUCUAGGACAUCGCUUUAUCCGCGACUACUCAAACUGUGUCGGCGCAAUCAUAUCCAGCCCGCUCCGCCGAACUAUCCAAACAUCCUUGGCAGCAUUCCCCCGGAUCUUGGACUCCACCCAGUAUGCUGAAAGUUCCGGUGUGGGUGCUAAUAAAGGAGUGAUGUUAGCCCUAGAUGCGAAUUUGCAGGAAAUUACCGACCUGCAAUGUAAUACGGGCUCCAAAGUGGAUGCUCUAACAAAGGAAUUCCCCGGACUCAAGUCAGAAAUAGAACGUCUGGACAAGAACUGGCAUAAAAAGGCAGGGCCUGACUCGCCCCUACCACAGCCUCUGUCUGAGAGAAGAGCUGCGAUUCUCAACCGACUACAAAAUACCCUGGCGGAUUUGAAAAACAAACAAAUGAGCGACGACAUUAUCGUUGUAACCCAUCAAGGUGUAAUUGCUCUACUUGCACCCACUGCAAAUAUUCCUGUGGGGCAGUGGCAGACCUUUCACUUGGUCGAAGAAAAUGGGAAGCUUUUUCUGAAGUGAGGGUCGAUUGUUAUUUUAGGAAAACAUCAUCUUGAGAAUGGCACCAUCAGAAUGAAUGGGGCAUAUGGAUAAGGCCAUGCUAGGCAAGAACGUUCCAGUGAAUAGGUAUACUUGGCACUAUUUGUCGAAGUCGAAUACAACUGGGUCUGGAUUGU